GCAUCGUCGACUCCAUCGCGAUCCACCGGGAGGUGCGUGGCCCCCAUCGCCUCGCCUUUACGAUGAACGCCGCGCGGGGCUCGCCGUGCCGGGACGCCGAAGUUCUGCAACCCGAGGAGGAGACGGACGUGAGCGCGCAGAAGGAGCGGAGCCGCCUCCCGUUCAGCGUGGAGGCUUUGAUUUCCAAGACGAGCACCUGUCGGACUUGCUUCUCUCCGGGGACUUUUUACGCCGCAGAGGGCUCGCCGGCCGUUCGCAGCGGCUCGACGGAGGACACCCCGCAGGCGGCCGACAGCGACCGCGGCACUUGGUUCCAGGCGAACACCUUCUCUUCCAAGCCUCGUAGCUCCAGCCCAUCUGCGUGCACUCUGCGGAAGCACAAAAACAACCGUAAACCUCGGACGCCCUUCACUACCUCUCAGCUGCUCGCCCUGGAGCGCAAGUUCCGCCAGAAGCAGUACCUCUCCAUAGCCGAGAGAGCCGAGUUCUCCAGCUCGCUCAACCUGACCGAGACCCAGGUGAAGAUCUGGUUCCAGAACCGCAGGGCCAAAGCCAAGAGGCUGCAGGAAGCCGAGCUGGAGAAGCUGAAGUUGGCCUCCAAGCCCGUCCUGUCGGCCUUCGCGCUGCCUUUCCCCCUCAGCGCGCACGUGCAGGGCUCGGCAACGUGGGGGCCCAUCUCCAACCCCUUCCCCAGGACCGGUCUGCCGGUGCCGGGACUCUUUGGCGGACCUGUCACGUACGGGAUGUACUAUUUGUCUUAGUAUUGCCGUGUGGGAAAUACAUGUUUUCAGGACACGCGGUUGCAAAAUCACUCAAAGGCACAAUAAGUAUUUUCCGACUUUUUUAUUUUAUUUUAUUUUUAUUUUUUAUGAAUUGACAUUUCGACAAAUGUUCUUCUUACCGGUACCUCCAAAACUGACAACUGUAUUGUUGGACAUGUUGUACAAAAGUGUGUGCAUUUGUGGGAAAAGUGCGUUUAGUUGACUGACAGUAUUUCUAACAGAGCAGUAAAAAGUACUUAAAGUGGGUGCCUCAACUGUCACCAUCUUAUUCAACUGUUUAUUUUACUUAUCACAGGGUUGUCAACAGAGAGCCGAUGUAUAUCAUGUGUGUAUCGAAUAGUGUUUACUCUCACAGCGUGGCCUUUCUGAGGAUUACUAUAGAAUUUGAUGCUAUUUUGCUGUAAAUGUAAAUAAAAGGUCCCGCACUCUCACUCGAGCAACAGCGGGACGUUUGUAUUUAUUGAAUCUUUUCUAUCUGUACUGUGUACACUUCUCAUAUAUGGAACAUGUAAAUAAACAUGCAA